AAAGAGACAGUAAGAAAUCAGCCAGUGACGUUAUUUACUAGUCAAGCUAUUAUUAUGUGUGUAGAGAAAGAAAUAAAUUAUCAAGUGUUUUAAAAUUUCUUUUCAAUAUAUCUUUUAACAGAUCGAUAUUUUAUGUGACGCAGUUUUACUAUAUUUUAUACAACAGCAAAUCAAUACAGUUAGCUCAAACUGCAUUGCAAAGUAUUUGUUUAUCAAAAUAGGUAAACAACAGCCGAAAAAACUAGAUGAUUUGAGUGUACCUCGAUCGCCAUUACUAUAGGCAUUAUUAAAUUAACGGUGCAAAGUGUGUGACUGUGUCAAUGCGUAAUUCGUGUAGGAGUAUCCAUUCUUGAAGGUUUGCUUAUUUAUUUGUAAAAAGAACAUAAUUUUCUUUCAAUUUUGGCGGGAGUCCUGGCACGUUGUAUCGUGGUUGUCGAAUGGCGAUCUGUCACCUGUCGCCUCCUGGCUUCAUCGACGCAGAUAUAAGUUCAUGUUUCAGUGGUUCUCAGUAAAAUUAGCAGUGCAAUAGUGAAAUUCCUGGUGUGCAAUCCAUGUGGACAUUCGACGAUGCGUCGCGAUUAGGCGGGUCGGAUAUGGAUAGUAGGCGAGCGUGCCCAAGCUACGAAGCCGGGUUAGACGUGUGCGAUCCCUUAGGAUCAGUCCUGGAUUGGUCUGGUCGGGAACCAGCCCGCAUACUACGGCGUCGGUGCCGCAGUGAGGGUAUAGACCGUUCGCCUUACGAGGAUGUAAGUCGCGAGGUGAACCGCUCCGCGGAUGGUAACUGUCGAUAUCAUCGAGCCCAGCCCAACAAGAGCCAUUUCACGCUGAAUAACAGCGAGCCACAAUACGCGGCUGCACGGUUUCGUCACGAGUGCUCGCUGCCAGCUGCCGAGAACGGCGACUACGUCAUGGCCCACGAGCGGGACAGGUUCCAUGGUUACCAGCCAGGAAGAUCAAAAUUAUACCGAAAAAGUCCUACCAGACCAUUAUUAGUAACAACACUAUCCAAUACUAAAGUUGAUGAUCGUUUACCAAAAGUUGAAGAACUAUUAGAAAAAGUUGAUCAAGACAUGAUGGAAGUGCAGGCGACAAAACAGCCUUUAAAAUCAAUACUCAAUAACCCCUUACCUAAUUCACCACUUCAUGGUAUUCUGAAGAAACCUAAAAACAGACCACAGCCAGAUUCUAAAUGUACCUUAGAAGGACGCAGAAGACAAAGAGCGGCUAGCGAAUCAGACAAUUUGUUCAGCAGUUUUAAUAGUAUUGGAUCUCCAAUACCAGGCUAUGAUAACCGUUUAUCAUACCUCUCGACGAACACGAAACGCGCCAAAGACAAUUCGGGUAUCGGUUAUUCUUAUGGAUCAGCGAUCGCUAGUCUCGGUAGUGGGACAACAGUCAAAAGUCCUACCAGGAGCUCUAGUGGGUCGAAACAAUCCCGUGUACGUAAAGAUCAUAUGGUGAUGAAGGACGACCAUGAUAUGCAUUUAUUGAGAACCACGGCUAUCAACGAAACUGUUCGUCUUGAUUCUAGAAUGGAUAUGCCACGCCAAGACACGCCCACGCCCACGUGCCCAGCGGUGAGCCCAGCCCUACCUGUAAGUUCAGUGACCACGAUUCCAGUCGGUAAGAAAGCCGUCAAAAUCAAGAAAAAAGUGAAGUCUGCCAAGUCCAAAGGUACCAAGAUGAAGACUGGAAGUAACACCGACUGCUGCGGACUCGAUUUGGACACUGAAGAUGCGCUCAGCAGGUCCCCAUCACCAGAUCCGUUAAUGGACCACUGGCAGAUGGACACUGACGCGGCUUUAGCGGAGCUGGAGAUCAUGGAAGAACCGGCUUUGCCUUCAACAGCAAAAAAAGACGAGGAGAAUCUCACGCUAGUCACCAAACUAUCUAGCAAGCUCAAUGGAACUGUUGUUACUCCGAAGAAAGCACACUCAAAAGACAAAGUAUCAAAGGAUCAAAUGUUUCUGACAGCUUUGCACACAACAAAUCCGUUCAAAUCAAUGCCGUCACGCAAAGAAUCACCAGUAUUCUUACCGGAGUCAGUGGCGAAUUGUCUUCGGCCCUCCCUGUUCCCUCGCGUGCCACCCUACCUCAAAUUCAUAGGUCACGAAGAGAGCCCCUGCCUCAAGGUACCUCUGCCGAUACAAAAACAUCUGAAAUGGAAGCUGACUACGAUCACGCCGAUAGUUGUCAAGAAGACGUUAACAAAUUCUGGUUUUCGGUUGGUAAAGAGCGAAUGUGAUACUGCAGAGUGCCCGCAAGAAGAGACAAUAGAAUGGAUUGGUAUUUGGGGCAAGCACAUGAAGUCGAUAAUGUUCAGAGCUAUCAAAGAUGGACAGAAGAUGAAUCAUUUCCCUGGCACCUUUCAAAUCGGUCGCAAAGAUCGGUUGUGGAGGAACUUACAGAAACUGGUCUGCAAGUAUGGGAUCAGUGAGUUUGGUAUAAUGCCGAAGACUUAUGUGCUGCCUCAUGAUAUGAAGCUGUUGAAGCACGAUUGGGAGAAAUAUGCUGCUAACAACGAACGAUGGAUCAUUAAACCGCCGGCUUCAGCCCGCGGUACUGGCAUCAAAGUAGUAUCCAAAUGGACGCAGAUCCCCAAGAAGCGCCCUGUAGUGGUUCAGCGAUACGUGUCAAAGCCCUACCUUAUAAACGGCAACAAGUUUGACCUUCGGCUGUAUGUCCUCGUGACGUCAGUACACCCUCUUCGGAUAUAUCUGUAUAAGGAUGGACUGGCUAGAUUUGCUUCAGUAAAGUAUAACGACGAGCUGGCAUCGUUGAACGAUAGGUAUAUGCAUCUGACGAAUUACUCUAUCAAUAGAUUGUCCAAGAACUACACGCCGAAUGAGGACUUUGCGGCCUGUGAGGGACAUAAAUGGACACUACAAACGCUACUACAAUACUUGAAAGCUGAGAAACGUGUAGAUACUGAAAGCUUAUGGAAUGCCAUGAAGGAUCUUGUAAUAAAAACAAUAAUAUCUGGAGAAGCAAGCAUUAGUUCACUGACCAAAGCCAAUAUCACGUCGAGGUACAAUUGCUAUGAACUCUUUGGAAUUGACGUACUGCUGGACGAAGAUCUUAAACCUUGGUUAUUGGAGGUGAACAUAUCUCCGAGCUUGCACAGCGCAUCUCCCUUGGACAUCCACGUGAAGGGUCCGCUGGUCACCACCGUCCUCAACAUAGCGCAGUUCCAAGUUCCUGUAAAGACCAACCUGGAGAUGCUCUCCAAGGAUAAACCACACAAACUGUCGGGCUUGCCAUACGACAGCCGGUUGUAUACAGUGUACCUGUCUAAAGAAGAACGAGAUAAGCAUAUAAUAUACACUAAUAUGGAGGAUCGGGAUAUGUAUCUACGGGACAUACUAUCAACAUUGACACCGGACGACGUGCGUCACCUCAUCCAAUCGGAAGACGAGUUAACUCAGUCAGGUGACAUGGAGAGAAUAUUCCCAACGUACGAGACACACAAGUACUUGGGAUUCCUGGCCGGACCCAGGUAUUACAACCGACUGUUUGACGCCUGGGAGACUAGAUACGGUCGGAAUAGGGAACCGGGCUUGGAGCUGCUCCGCAACCUGUGUGACAUCGGCUACCACCUGGAAGUGCCGCCGGUGCCCCUGAAGGUAACUGUCGCGCGCAUCCUGCACUACAUACUCGCUUUCACAUCACUCAUACUCACUCUCUUCACCUUCUGGUGAUAUGCUGCCUCUGUUCUGUUUUGUGAUGUUCACUUGUUGUUUUAGUUUGGUUUUGGGUUCCGACUUUUAUAAUUAUAGUUCUUUGACUUAACUAAAAAUGACGCGCGGACGCGGUGACGUAGAGUAGGCUACGCAACGAC